AUGACAGAGCUAUUUCUUAUCAGCUUGCUGUCUUCGCAUUGCUGCUGUACGGCCCCUGACUCUUCUAGUUGGCUUCGUUACUCCGAUCUCGUCGCUUUUUAUCGGCAGUACACCUCUAUGGAUACAGAAGGGAUCGGGUAUGUGCUGCACUCUUCACUGGAGGCAGCGAUGGGUCCACUUCUCUCCUGCGACUCACGCCUCGUGCAGGCUAUGUGCUUCUCCCACAAGGGUAAGCACAACAAGGAUGACCCCACGUGCGGCGAAAAAACGGUUAGUCUUGCUGUGUACAUUAACCUCAUGCGAAUUCUGCUUAAAGGGAGCAUUGCGGAGCGGGCCACAAUUGCCUUUCGCGCCUUUGGUGGCGGAAGUAGCAAUAACAACAAUAGCCACUUCAACGCACCAUCUGGGGGAAAUGAGCAUGAUGAGGCCGAGGACUAUGUGCGUUCUUCCGACUUUAAGCUGAUUGCGCGCGAUAUUCUCUUCGGGCUGGGCUUCAAUCCCUCAAAGGAAAACGAGAAAAUAGAUGAUGUGGUGAACAGCAUCCUCCUGGAAGCGCACGGUGGCGGCGGUAGCGAAAUUGGCGCGUCCAUGUCAUACCCUGUCUUUCUGUUGGCCUACACGCUGCUUGUAGAACGGCUGGGGCUAGAUGCAAAAAGGGAAGACGGAACAGCGCGUAUGUGCGGCGUCCCACCGCCGUUGCUGCUUGGCUUCGGCACGGCACAGUGGGUGCCGCUCACGUACGCCAUGGCGGGUGUGGAAGCGUCGGUCCGCGCAGCGAUGGGCGGCGGUGGCGGUGGCGAGAAAAAUACAUUCGACCUCUCGCACGGGACACCAACCAUCGCCGGCGUCGUAUCCAUCCCGCAGAUUGGCGCCGUCGGUGCGGCGUCGAAGUUCCUCCACAAGCGAAUUCCCGCUCUGCACGGCGACCGCGUGACGUUCGCCGACUACGCGCCGGCCACCUUCGCCGCCCUUCGGCAGCGCUUCGGCACCGACGCCGACACGUUCCUCGAUGCCGUCGGCAUCAGCGCGCUGCGGGCCCACCUGCUUCUGGGCCGCCUCUACGUGCCGCGAGACUUCCGCAGCAGCGGCCGCAGCGGGGCCUUACUGCUCAGUAGCCAUAACCACCACUUCAUUCUGAAGCGUAUCAGCUUCGCAGAGUCUCGCACGCUUCGGCGCCUGCUGCCCGCGUACGUCGCACAUGUCCACCGUCACCCACACUCUCUCCUGCAGCGCUUUGCUGGUCUCUACGCACUGACGCGCGGUGGCGAGAAGAGUUCGUUCAUUAUCGUGGAAAAUGUCUUCGCGGAAGCGCAGCUUCCCAUCGCGGCGGUGUACGACCUGAAGGGAUCGACGGUGCACCGCACCACCUCGGCGGAGGAGCGUAGGAGCGGUGCCGCGGGAAAGGACAAUGACUUCCUCGCCGACAAGAAGCAGCUGCAUUUAUCGACUGAGGCUCGUGACGCGUUGCUGGUGCAGCUUGAGGCCGACACGAAGCUGCUGGAGGAAGCCAACACACUCGAUUACAGCCUCAUUUUGGGAAUACACAUCAGUGAUGGCGGCUUUGCUUCGUCAAAGAAAUCGAUAACGCUUUCUACACAGCAGAAGCAAGGGAUGCGAGAGUUAACGGUCACUCUUGAUGAACACCGGAAACAGGAAGCGCCUGACGGCCCCAACAACAGCGUGUUCCGCGCGUACUACGGCGGUGUGCCGUCCAUUGACGGGACAGAGGUGUACUACUUCGGCAUCGUGGAUUGUCUCACGGCAUACGGCCUGAAGAAAGUGGGUGAGCACUACGGCAAAUCGAUGCUCCUGCAUGACAUGAAGGAGGUGAGCUGCGUGCCUCCGCCUGACUACCGCUCGCGGUUAAUGAACUUUGUGCGUUCCAUUCUUGUGGAAUGA